CGACAAACAGUACUCUAUAAAUCACAAUAACGCAUUGUCCAAGUAUAAGGUAUUAACGCCUAUUGCGCUCUGCCACCGUUCAGCUACUCGGUUUAACCAAGCGAGCACCAGGGACGAGAGAGAAAUAGGAGAGGAUUUAAAGUGAGUGUGAAGAACUAGUAGUUAUGGCGUCAAUGCAAUCCCUUUUCCCAAUUCCUCCUCCCAUGGAAGAACCUCGAAACUGGCUAGAACUUCCCCGCGAUGUCACGCUGAUGAUUCUCAUGAAAUUGGAGGCCGUUGAAAUCCUUGAAACUGCUCAAUUUGUUUGUAAAUUGUGGUACAAUCUCUGCAAAGAUCCAUCAAUGUGGCGUUCCAUUGUCAUGCUCAACUUGGAUGAGCCUGAAUUGUCGGGAAAAUACCAGAGUAUGCUGUGCAGUGCUGUUGAUCGAAGUUCUGGUGGUUUGAUUAAUCUUAGUAUUGAGGGUUUUGGCUCCAAUGAAAUCUUCUCCUACAUUGCACAGCGAUCAAGUCAUCUUAAACUCCUUCGCCUUGCAUGUUGCUAUACUAUAUCGGCUGAUGCACUGAUUGAUGCGUUUGAAAAACUUCCUUUACUGGAGGAGCUUGAGCUUACUCUAAGCCCGUUCUCAGCAGAGCAAAUCAUAAAUAUCAUUCAUCGUUGCACCUUCCUGAAAACAUUCAAAUUGAAUGAGCAAGGAUCUAAAAACCCAACAUUGGCAUGUGAUGAUGAGGCGUUGGCAAUUGCAGUAAGCAUGCCUGAAUUGCGACACCUUCAGCUGAUUGGAAAUAGCAUGACAAACGAUGGUCUGAAAGCAAUUCUUGAUAAUUGUUCUCAUCUUAAGUCUCUUGACCUGCGCGCAUGUUUCCACUUGAAUCUUGUUGGGAAUUUAGCAAAGAGAUGUUGUGAACAGAUCAAGGAUUUGCGUCGCCCCAAUGAUUCCACUGACGACUACAAUUAUCUUACUACAGAUUAUGAUAGUGAUUUUGAUGAAAUGUAUGCAGAUGAGUACGAUGACAUGGACUAUGUGUCUGAUGAUGACCAUUAUGAAUUCUCAGAUGAUGAUGACCACCCCUCCUACUAUCCGGAUUACGAUUGAUGUUUUUGCUUGCAGUGUGAAUAUUAUAUCCAAGGAUUGUGCUUCUAUGUAAAGAGAGCGUUAUCAACUGGAGGAAGUCAAAAUCCAUAACGGUUAUGUAUUUGUAAAAACAUAACAACAAAAAAAGUUACUGAAAUGGUACAUGUUUUAAUCGGAAUGGUACUCUGUUUUUAAUGAAAUGGUACUCUUUUUAACGAAA